CCAUCCCGGCUGUCGAUAUUGAUUCUGGUCGGUUUAAAUACGUUCUGAUCCGAGUGGAUAUGCAGGACGACGCAGAGGCAAAACAAGAACAUAGCAAAGUCAUCGUGCGUGGUUACAAAUGGGCAGCCUUUCAUGGGAUUCGGUUUGGCGGAUCACGCAGUGACGACUGAGCUCCUCAAAGCUCGCUAUCCAGACUACGAGUCCAUCACUUGGACUAAUGAAGGUUACUAAGCCCCUGUCCCUUCUCCAGCUUUGCUCGUGUCCCAGUGUAGAAGAAGGGGCAACAUUCGCUUUAUUGUUGGCGGUUGAAAAAAAGAAGAAGCAAAACGAAUAAUUGAGAAAUACAAAAACUUUUAGAAAAGAAACAAACAACUUUAAAAGGACGUGAAAAAGUUGAAAGCCUCUUUGGUUUCAUUAACUGUUGGUUACGCUUGCACGUCAUCUGUUUGACGUCAUUCGACGCUGUUGAAUCUAUUUGGGAAAAAAAAGUGCCACAUGUGUUCGAGAUCCGGAACAAUGGACGGCAUUACCGUCUUCUUCAUCUUGUGGUUCGUCGUUACUCAGCCGGCAACCGCAUCAUUGUCCUGCCGGACCGAGGAUGGACAACCUGUCGACUGGUUUGUAUUGUACAAGUUGCCAGCCACUACUACAGCCAAGGCAACUGACGGACGAGCCUACGUUUACAGGACAUCAGCCAGCACUGAAGGCGAUGAUGGCAGCACAUGGAUUUUCUCCCAGCAAUCGAUCGAUUCUGCUGGCUCUUUGCCUGGCCAAACACUCGAGCCCAUCUACAAUGUUCCGGAACACGUCGUAAGCGAACACAAUGAUGUUGAUGAGCGGUUGCUGCUUAUGUACAACGACGAAUUCCCUAAUGGAACGAGCAGCGAGUUGGCCGCCCACGCUAAAGGUGUUGUGGCUUUCGACGGGCAAUCCGGCUUUUGGUUGGUCCAUAGUGUACCGCGUUUCCCUUCAGCACCCGGCGGUGACAGGUCGCCAGAGACUAGAACCAAUUACUCUUACCCUGCCAAUGGACUGCGCUACGGCCAGACAAUGUUGUGCGUCAGUUUACCAUUCAAUCAAGCUGAUCUCAUUGGGGAACAGCUGCAGUAUUACCAUCCCUACAUCUAUCACUGGUCCGUCUCGUCGUCCAGCAAAGAAUGGAUCCAGAUGGUACCUAAUCUGGUGCAUGUCGCCAAAGGACAUCACGUCACUAAACCCCCGUGGUCACGCUCGGUUCAGCUGUUCUCGUCGGACCGACUGAGCAUUGUCAGUUUCGCCAAAGCCCGCCAAUUCGGCUUAGAUUUGUACGGUGACUGGAUGACAGAUGCGUUGAAAAACUCCCUCUACGUUGAAACAUGGACAAAUGGACAGGGACAUCCCAUGCCUUCUUUGUGCAUCAACCGCACUCUAACAGUAGAGAACGUUAAGCAGGUGCAUCUGAGCGACGGGCAAGUUUUCGCGUCGCAUAGCGAUCACAGCAAAUGGGCCAUUUCCAGUCGCCAAGAAGAUCCGUGGGUUUGCCUCGCCGACAUCAAUCGUAUGGAUUCUCAACGACACAGAGGUGGCGGAUCGCUCUGCUUCCGACAUGCGAAACUUUGGCGAGGUUUCAAUCGCGCAGUUAGUCAGCUGGAAGCUUGCCCACUUUCAUUUGAUCAAACUGUCAACAGGAAACUGCGCAAAUUCAAGAAGAUAAAUAUGAAGAAGCAGAUUCAGUUACACAACGACGUUGACUAAACCUGAGAUCCACUUGCGUGAUCGAUUGCUGGGCAUCUUAGAUAUUUGGAUUUGGCAUAUCCAGCCUGCUUCUAUGCUUCGAAGCCAUACCAAUGUUUGGAUAGAAGUGUAUCAUCAUGCAAUCAUCUAGAAGGAAGCUCAUGACGGCAAUUCUUCACCUUCCUUACCUUUUUUUAGUUUACUUAGUGAUAUAAUAGCACCCGAUUUGCAUAAUUUACCUACAAAUGUUGUAGUUGCUAGUCUACGCAAUCCCAAUUCUCAUGUUCUCGAAUGCGUACUAUUAUUUUAGUGGGUGAAAAAGUGCUGGGGAAGUGCUUUCAAACUUUGCUUUUCAAUAAAUAGGGCUUCUGUUUACAAUGUAUGAAAGCCAAUGGCCGCCAACAGGUUAUUCAUUGUUUCACGAAAAAGCCAGUGUAGGUAGCAAACAGUCGUUUGUACAUUUUUGUAGUAGCCGGGGAAAUUGGUUUUCAAAGGUUGGGAUUGGUGAAAUGCAUCUUUGCGUACUCCAAAGUCCAACGCACUCUGAAGCCAAUAAGACCAUCGGCCUUUCUGAUCAUUGUUUGCCGUAGAGGCCGUGAUGGCAUGCCUUUUAUACAGCUUAUUAUGCGCCCCAUCAAAGCUUGGAUCAAUAACAUGAUUACUAUUUUCAUUACUUGGAUAGAUUAACCGAUAUGUAAUAUUAGGGCCCAAAUUUGGACGCUAACCUUAAGGUAAGACGGAUUCCAUUUUUUCCCCUGGUAAUAAAUUCAGUUGGGUGCGAAAUUCUGGUGCACUUUUUUUUCUUUCAUGUGUGCGAUUUGUACUUUGUUUUUGUUUUAUUUUUUGUUUUUUCACAAAAACUUCUUCAGAAACCUUUCGUCACUGUAAGCGUACAGCCAAUGUAAUGCAAUGUGUCGUAUCCGUUAUGAAAAAUUUAAUACCUGGUUGUCAGUGAAAUUUAUUAAUGUACGUUAAUUGCUCAAUUCCUGACAUUCUACAGGAGGUUGCAGUGAAAUGUAUCAGGUAUGGCAAGCAAGGCAGAGGGAAAAGCGCACCAUUUUUCUGCAAUAUACUCU